CCUGUUUAUUUACAGUGAGGUUUGUCUCCUUUCGCUUUCCGUACUUCAUUACGUUGCUGUCUUAUUUGUCAGCGUUCAGAGGUCAUUCCCAAGCAAGUUAUCCACCUUAGCAACUUGAAGAAGAAUGACUACAAGAAAUCUGACACGAUUUUGGGAAUGGGGGAGAAAGAUUAUUUGUGUAGGGAGGAAUUACGCAGAUCACGCGAAAGAGCUUAAAAACGCAAUUCCAACCGAGCCCGUGUUGUUCCUGAAGACAUCGUCGGCUUAUUUGAGAGAGGGAAGCCCCAUAAUCGUGCCUGCGUACUCUAACAAUCUGCAUCAUGAGGUUGAAUUUGGGGUGGUCAUCGGCAAAGCGGGAACAGCCAUUCCCCAAGAAUCUGCGAUGGACCAUGUAGCCGGCUAUGUUCUUUGCUUAGACAUGACUGCACGGGACAUCCAAGACGAGUGCAAGUCCAAAGGUCUACCCUGGACUCUUGCCAAAGCCUUCAACACAUCCUGUCCUGUCAGUGAGUUCAUCCCCAAAGACAAGAUCCCUGACCCAGGGAACAUCAACCUGUGGCUCAAGGUGAAUGACCAGAUGCGGCAGAAUGGCAACACGUCUCAAAUGAUCUUUUCCAUACCAUACCUCAUUAACUACAUCAGUGACUUUAUAUCCCUGGAGGAGGGAGAUCUGAUACUCACCGGAACACCUAAAGGGGUUUCCAGAGUCCAGGAGCACGAUGAGAUCGAGGCAGGGAUUGAGGGCAUUAUCUCUAUGUCUUUCAAAGUAGAAAGGUCAUGAAACUUGAUGUACUCUGCAGGCGGAAAUAUUUACUCUGCAUUAAGGUUCCAUGUAAUUGUGAAGUGUUGAAGUGUUUUCAGUUGAUUGGGCCCAAAUUGCCACAGGAUUGUUCACAGCUUGGAUUGCAAGUUAUGUAAAUUGCCAACAUACUUUAUGUAAUUUUUUUAUUAUGCAAAUACAAAAUAUAGAAGUCACCUUUGGUCAUGAAGUGCAACCUUUGACACUCUCUGCUCAUAUUUCCUGUGCAAAUGGCUUAACAGUACCAAUAUGCUAUGGUUCCACUCUGAGCAGUUCUAUGCAAUUAAACCACUGUGCUGUAGAAAACACAGACCUACAUAAACAUAUUGAGGCUAUAAACAA